AUGGAUGUCGAAGAAUCAAACAAAACGGAAACAGAUGGCGGCUGUUUCUGUUACCUCCUGGAUAAUCACACUUCCGUUCAAGGAAUGAGAGAAAUCGCUAUCGACAAACGGGCCAAAGUCAUUUGCCUAAAUACUGACCAGUUGUACCAGGCGGACCUUUCCGAUGCCUACUUACAAUCUCAAGACGGAAAUAACAACCGGGGAAAUUCCUUAUUUGUUUAUCCGGCGCAGUCUAAUUUCUCAGGACACAGAUAUCCUUUGGAUUGGAUAGCCGACGUCAAAUCGAAGAAGUUUCCAUUCCAACACGACUUCUCUGAGGAUUCCUGGUUUACGUGUUUAGAUGCAGCAUCCUUUGUAAGCACGUCUCAUCUCGAUUUACAGGCCAUCAAGCCUGACUUUCUUGCCAUAUCAUUCUUUCUUUCCCUUUUUCUUUCUUUUUUCUUUCUUUCCUCUCCCUUUCUUUUUUCUGCUUUUCCUCUUUUCCCUCUUCUCUCUUUUUCCUCUUUUUCUCUUUUUACUCUUUUUCCUCUUUUCUCUUUUUACUCUUUUUCCUCUUUCCUCUUUUUACUCUUUUUCCUCUUUCCUCUUUUUACUCUUUUUCCUCUUUCCUCUUUUUAUUCUUUUUCCUCUUUACUCUUUUUCCUCUUUUUCCUCUUUACUCUUUUUCCUCUUUACUCUUUUUCCUCUUUACUCUUUUUCCUCUUUACUCUUUUUCCUCUUUUUUCUCUUUUCCUCUUUUUCCUCUUUUUUCUCUUUUCCUCUUUUUUCUCUUUUCCUCUUUUUUCUCUUUUUCCUCUUUUUCCUCUUUCCUCUUUUUCCUCUUUCCUCUUUUUCUCUUUUUUUCCUCUUUUUUCUCUUUUUUCUCUUUUUCCUCUUUUUCCUCUUCGCUUUUUCUUUUUCUUUCUUUCUUCUGUAUUAUAA